UAUUCAAUGUUCUGACAUGGGCGGUGCGCGGCGAUGGAGGCUGAGGUGGGCUGCGGCGGUGCUUGGCUCCCGUCCUACAUUCCCAUGGUGUCCUUUGGUUUGACCGUUCGCGCCAACAGGACUAUUGCCAUGUGCGCUGCGACUUUUGCUGAGACUCUUCGAAAAUAUAAAGCUACCCUCGAGAUCGCAUAGCCCAAGUUACGUAGCACUCACCAAGCACCUGGUGUAGACUCGUUGUACCCCUCGAUACGCCGUAUACACCUCGACCGCGUCCGAAGGCGAAGCUCAAUUGCGCAACACCAUGACGCUCAAAGACCUAUUGAAAAAGAGGGACAGGAUCAAGGACGAGGGAGUUGCACCUCCAUCACCAAAGGGGCCUGCGCUAUCGCCUGAUGUACCUGAAUUCCAGUUCUUUCGCACUACGACGACGACGCAAGAGACGAUCGAACCGCCUAGCUUCCCUGGCGAUCCCACGCGCGACACACCCCUUCUCUCACCUGAGCCGCGGGGCAAAUUUGGCAGGUUCAGAAAGUUUAGCAACGCGUCCUCUCAGAACCCAGCUCCUGGUGCUGACGACGGCCGGGCAAAGCAGCAUGACAAGUUGACAGAACGCUUGCACUUUGGACGGACAAGAUCAAGUAGCUCUACGAACAUACCAGACAAUCUACCAGAAGUCGGAGGAGAUGGAGUAGCGAGGACAGAGGAAGACGAGGCGAAAUGGGAGAAGAGGGCUACGGUGCUGGUCACAGAAGGGUUGCAGCAUGGCACGAGUGCGCCGCCGACACCGAGCUUAGAGAAUGGGAAUCCUCUAUCAUUGGGGCGGCCGACGAACAAUAGGAGUAACACGAAUGCAACCGUCCAUACAUCUGCGGAUGAGGAGAACAUCCAGGAGGCCAUCAGGUUACACGAGAAAGGCAGUACGUUGGUGUGCGGAAUGACUACCAUAACGGAUCUGACAGUACGACUAGAUCUCGAGGCAUCAACCGCACUAUUCGGAAGACUGGCAGAUCCCAACGGCGCAAACAAUGCUCUGGCGCAGGUCCUCUACGGUCUUGCAUUACGCCACGCAUGGGGGUGCGAGCCGGACCAGGAACAAGCCGUUCACUAUCUCUCCAUGGCGGCAUCGAACAGCGCUGAAGUUGAGAAGCUGGCCCUCGGAGCCGGCAUGAAGAAAGGUGGUGCGGCCAAAGGCGAGCUUGUGCUGGCCAUGUAUGAGCUGGCAAACUGCUUCCGUAACGGCUGGGGUAUCAAGAAGGAUCCCGCAGCUGCAAAGCAAUACUACGAGACUGCUGCUAAUCUCGGCGACACGGAUGCCAUGAACGAGGUCGCAUGGUGCUAUACCGAGGGCUUCGGCACGAAGAAGGACAAGUUCAAAGCGGCUCAGUUCCUGCGCCUCGCAGAGUCCAAAGGAAACAAGACAUUAGGCAACACAUGGUAAGUCCACUUUUUUUCCAUCAUCUCUAUUUUGAUAUCGAGAUCUACUUGGCCAUCGAGAUCUCCCGGACUGCCGAUCACUCAUGCCGUGCGAAGAGGGCACAUGUUCCUCACUGCACGAGCAGCCGUCACGUUGAAGCGCGCCAUCCCGUUCCAGCCGACGCAUUUACAAUCGACAACAUCAACACCAAGCCACCAUACAUCAUCCAACAAUCCAACACACAGCACUAUGGCCCAGCUAGGACA